AUGGAGAGCUCGGCAACAGAAUUCAGCACUUUACUCCACCACUCCAAAGCCUACAAAUUUGCCUCAGAAGACACAGCAGAAUCAUUGGAAUUCUUCAGUAAUUUCUGGAGAGAUGAAGGCGCACUACCUAUUGACCAACGCGGCGACACAGUCCUCCACCUUCUGGCCGUCAAAGGGAAUGUGGCUGCCUUAGGAAACCUACUUCGGGCAGACCACCUCCUCGGCGAAAUGCUCCUGAUAAAGAAUGCCAGCGGCAACACUGCGCUCCAUGAAGCUGCGAGGUCUGGUCAGAAGGCUGUGGCGGAGAUCAUGGUCACGACGAAGCCAGAUUUAGUUUUCCAGCGGAAUGAUAUGAACGAGACGCCUCUUUACCUUUCUGCUGCGUUUGGAAAGAGAGAAGUUUUCACACUUCUGGAAAGCUACAAUAGCGAUUGCAGGAUAAGGAGGCACGAUGGUUCCACCAUUCUUCAUGCUGCCAUUGAGGGAGAACGUUACAUGCAGAUGGUCCCAAUGGGGCUUAAAAAGGUCAGCCAAUCAAAUUGGGCCAAUAACUUGAAAACCUUCACGUUGGGUUCUAGGCUGGGCAAUUGA